AAUCAACGAAUUUGAGCUUUGAAGCGGUGGAAAGCAAUCCGACGAUGGUUAAGGCAGAGAUCGGUGCUGGUGCUGGUGCCGGUGCCGGUGCCGAUGCUGAUGCCGUUGCCGUUGCCGAUGCCAUCCAUCCUCCAUGGCUCCACUUGCUUUCAGCAUUUCUCGCCAUGGAACCUUCUGAUUCGUUAAUCUCCAUUUCUAGAGACUGUGGUGGGGGUGCAAUCACGGAGAGUGUUCAGAAUUUCAUCUGGGACCAAUGUAUUAGCAGAGCCGAUGGAAAAGCUAGCGCACCUUAUGUAAGGUCUUUCCUGAAAAAGGUUAUUCUUGAAAUUGAAUCUGCAGGCGCUGUUGUUGCCGAUGAACUUUAUGAACAAUUUGCAUUUAACAUGACUUCGUCGAAGGGUGAUGAUUUAGCGAAGGGAGACUCAAGGAUCAUUAGGAAAAUUUCGUUUCUUUACCCUUCUGAUCAUGUUGAAGCCCAAGUUUGCCAAAGUCUAAGGAAACUAAUAGUGCCACUUCAAUGUUCGCUUAACAUGCUUGAAGGAGAUACUGGUUGUUCCAUAUGGCCCUCAAGCCUGUUCUUAUCGGAAUUCAUUCUUUCGUGUCCUGAGCUGUUUUCAAUGAAGUCAUGUUUUGAGCUUGGAUCAGGCGUUGGUUUGGUUGGCAUAUGUCUGGCACAUGUGAAACCCUCGAAGGUGCUUCUAACUGAUGGUGACCUUUCAACUUUAGCCAAUUUGAAAGUUAACUUGGAGCUAAAUUGCAUGAGUACCCGAUUUUGUUCGAGUGAAGGCAUUCUUGAGGAUCCAAACAAGGUCAAAUGCUUACAUCUACCGUGGGAAUCUGCACUUGAGAGUGAUCUUCGAGAUCUGAUGCCAGACAUAGUGUUGGGUGCAGACGUGAUAUAUGAUCCAGAAUGCAUUCCGCACCUAGUUCGUGUCAUUGCCACUCUUUUGACCACAAAAAAGUCAACCUCCAUUCGUAGAGAUGGAUUCGGAGUGCCCAAUGACAUAUCUGGCAAUACUCAGGUAAAGAAUUCGAACGCCAGCUCUACUGAUAUCGUCAACAAAAGAUAUGAAGAGUUUCUUCUUGCAUCAACGACACAACCUGUUGCAUAUAUUGCUUCCGUGGUUCGAAAUAUCGACACUUUCAACUAUUUUCUUAAGGUAGCACUAGAAGCAAACCUUAGAGUAGUGGAUAUCACUCAAAAUGUCAAGAUUUUUGAUUUCCUUCCUUACAUGAGAUCAUACCAAAGAUCCUCAGUAAGGCUACUUGGGAUCUAUCACUCAUUUCAUUAGACCAUGUAGAUUGUAGUGGACUAAACCACCCACUGGUUCAACCCGUGGUGUGUGAAUGUGGGUCAACGUGGUUCGGUGUACUCCCCAUGGAACGAGUUAAGACCAGGAUUGGUCCAGAUACUACAUCUGUUUGGGAUAUACUGAGUUCGUUUAAACAAACUCAAUCUUGUAUUUUUAUGUUCUAAAUCCGAAUCUUUGGACCUUAUAGAAUGUUAAUGUAAUUACGUUCAGUUUUUUUUU